AUGGCCUGUCUGUGGCCCUGCAUCCUGGUGGCUGCCUCGGGAAUUCUCGCCAUAGAUACACCUCAUCCCAGGAAUUCUGUUCUGCAUCAUCUCACCAAGCAGCUAUUGCAGAAAUAUCACAAGGAAGUGAGACCAGUUCGUAACUGGACCAAGGCCACCACCGUCUACCUGGACCUUUUUGUCCAUGCUGUACUGGAUGUGGAUACACAGAAUCAAAAAUUAAAGACAAGCAUAUGGUACCGUGAGGUUUGGGUUGAUGAGUUUUUAUCCUGGAACUCCAGCAUGUUUGAUGAGAUUAGAGAGAUCUCCCUACCUCUAAGUGCCAUCUGGGCCCCCGAUAUCAUCAUUAAUGAGUUUGUGGACAUUGGAAGAUCUCCUGACCUUGCCUAUGUUUAUGUGAACUCAUCUGGGACCAUUAAGAACUCUAAGCCCAUCCAGGUGGUCUCUGCAUGCAGUUUAGAGACAUAUGCUUUUCCAUUUGAUAUCCAGAAUUGCAGCCUAACCUUCAAUAGCAUUCUGCACACAGUGGAAGACGUAGACCUGGCCUUCCUGAGGAGCAGAGAAGAGAUUAAGCGUGACAAAAAGGCAUUUUUGAAUGACAGUGAGUGGGAACUCAUUUCUCUGCCCUCAACCUACAGCAUCCUUCAGAGCAGCGCUGGAGAUUUUGCACAGAUUCAGUUUAAUGUGGUGAUUCGCAGGCGCCCACUGGUCUAUGUUGUGAACCUGCUGAUUCCCAGCAUCUUCCUAAUGCUCGUGGACCUGGGGAGUUUCUACUUGCCUCUCAACUGCCGUGUGAGGAUUGUGUUCAAGACCAGUGUGCUGGUGGGCUACACCGUCUUCAGGGUCAACAUGUCUAAUGAGGUGCCACGGAGUGCAGGGAGCAUCCCUCUGAUUGGGGUUUUCUUCACAGUCUGCAUGGCCUUCUUGGUUCUCAGCUUAUCUAAGUCCAUCCUGUUGGUCAAGUUCCUCCACAAUGAGCAGCGCAGUGGACAGGAGCAGCCCCUCUUGUGCCUUCGAGGAGACACUGAUGCUGAUGGGCCUAGAAUGGAUGCCAGGGCUCAGCGUGCCACGGUAACAGAGUCCCCAAUCUUUCAAGAGCACCAGGCCCAGUCAGGAACCCUGAAGGAAGUCUGGUUCCAGCUGCAAUCCAUCAGCAACUACCUCCGAACUCAGGACCAGGUGGACCAGCAGGAUGUUGAGUGGCUGUCCCUCCUGUACCGCUUCGACCGACUGCUUUUCCGAAGCUACCUUGUCAUGCUGGGGCUCUAUAUCAUCACCCUGUGCUCCCUCUGGGUGUUGUGGAGUGGCUUGUAA